AUGUUAUUUACUGAAUUCCAAGUGAAUACAUUAAAAAUUAUUCAUUCUUUAUAUCAACCCCACCACCACCACCACAGCAACAACAGCAGCAACAAUAAUAAUCAUAGUAAUACUACUACUAAUAAUAAUAAUACUAAUAAUAAUAAUAGUAACCAUAGUGAUAAUAAUAGUCAUGGUAUCAUUAUAAGUACAAGUAUACAUACUAAUGAUCCAAUACAAUUGAAUCAAUUCUAUGAUAUUCUUUAUAAACUGAUCAUAUUUAUUAAAGUGAUUCUAUAUACUUUAAUUAUUAUCUCAGCAUUAUUUGGUAAUGCUUUAGUAUUUAUUGCUUAUAUAAAAUAUAAACAAUUAAGAUCUAUACAUACUAAUCUAUUCCUUGUAUCAUUAUCUAUAGCUGAUUUCCUUGUUGCUCUGUUAGUAAUGCCAUUGAAUGCUAUCAUGUCUUUAUUAAAUUAUAAAUGGAUAUUUGGGAAAUUAUUAUGUCAUAUUUAUAAUGCUACAGAUGUAUUAUUUACUACAUCUAGUAUAUUACAUUUAUGUUGUAUAUCAAUGGAUCGUUAUAUUGCCAUUAUAUAUCCAUUGAAUUAUGAUAAGAAAAUGUCUAAAAAGUAUAUUAUUAUAUUACUAUGUAUUAUAUGGACAUUAUCAUUUAUGAUAUCUUAUAUACCAAUUUUAAUGGGAUUACAUAAACCAUUACAUAGUUUAAUGGAUAGAUCACAAAUACAAAUCAAUAUAAGUAGUAUAUCUAGAAUGAAACAAAACUUAGAUCAUGAUGAUGAUUUGUUUCUAUGCAAUUUUAAUGUGAAUCCAUAUUAUGCAAUUAUAUCAUCAUCAAUAUCAUUUUGGAUACCAUCUAUUAUUAUGAUCUUAGUUUAUAUACGUAUAUUUAUUGAAGCAAAAAAACAAGAAAAAAAAAUUAUUCAAUUAUAUACACCAUAUAAUAUAACACAAAUCAAUAAUACGAUGAUAAUGCAACAAAUCAAUAAACAUCAGAAUAAUAAAACUAAUUCGAUCUUAAUUCAUGAUCCAACAAUUAAUCGAUCAUCAUCAUCAUCAGGAUCAUCCUCAUCCUCCCCCUCCUCCUCCUCAUCAUCAUCCUCCCCCUCCUCCUCCUCCUCAUUAUCAUCGAAAUUACAUCAUAUCAAUAAGCAAUAUUAUUCAAAUAUUAAAAUACAACAUGAAAAUAAAGCUGCACGUACACUUGGUAUUGUGAUGGGUGCAUUUUUAUUAUGUUGGUUACCAUUUUUUUUAUGGUAUACCAUUACAAAUUUAUGUAAACAAUGUCAAUAUCCAAAUGAAUUACAAGAGAUCUUAUAUUGGAUUGGUUAUUUUAAUUCAUCAAUUAAUCCUAUAAUAUAUGCCUAUUAUAAUCGGAUAUUUAGACAAGCAUUUAUUAAAAUUAUUGAAUUACAUAAAGGUAAUAUAAUCAAUAAUGAAUUACAACAACAACCACAACAACAACAAUCGAUUAAUGAUCAUAAUAAUAAAUUACCAAUAACACGAAGAUAUAAAUAUCAUACUGUUAAUCAAUUAAUUACUACAAGUGUUAAACGAGAGGGGGAACCAUGAUAAUUGGUAAUAAUACUGAAAUACAUCAUGAAAGUGCAACAUGUAUUACUGAUAUUGAUCAAUAUAAGUAGUAUAUAUAGAUAUAUAUAUGUAUAUAUCAUUAAUGGAAAGUGAACUAUUUGAAGAUGAUCAAAGAAAAGACAAUAAUCACUAUGGAAACAAAUAGAAUAAUAAAGUCUAGAUUGAUUUAGGAACACUUUAACUGUAUGAUUCUGAGAUGUUAUGAAGAGAUUAUGUAAUGUUAUAUCCAAGUAUAUUUGAUGAACCCAAUUUAUCUUCUUAUUCAAUACAAAAGUAUUAUAGAUUGUAAAGAAUUCAUUACAUCAUCAUUAAUGUUAUCGGUUGGAUAAGAUAAGAUAGUAUCCUUCUUGUCCUAUGCUAAUGCAUAUAUAUACAACAAUUGUACAUAAGUUAUUCACUUAUCAACUAUUCAAAACAUAACUACUUUGUUUCAUAAACGGAAUACACCCUUGAAUAAGAAAGAUGAGUUCAGUGAAGAGUUUCCUACCUCCCCCCCCCGUUUUCAGUGAAUUCAUUUUCAAAGUAUUGACAAUAAUCAAUUUCAAUUGUACAUAAUGAAUGUGAUAAGAAAUUUCCAUAUAUUGAAUUUCUCUAUUUUGUUGCAUCAUUUUAAAUAGAGAAGAGAAA